AUGCUCUGUUUUUAUAUCGCAGCACCACCAACAACAACAACAACUACAUCAACAUCAUCAACAACAACAACGACAACAACAACAGCAGCAUUAAAGAGUUGCUUUUUGAAUCAAACUACGUACUCAACCGGUAGUGGACCAUACUCGGUAACAGUAGUCGAUGUGAAUAAUGACAGCAAACCCGAUAUUGUUGUCCCAAACGAGUAUUCGGCCACCGUCGGUAUUCUUCUCAACAAAGGCAAUGGUACGUUUCUGAAUCAAACUACUUACCCAACUGGCAGUUGGCCAUGCACAUUAGCAGUAGUCGAUAUGAAUAGUGACAAUAAACCCGAUAUUGUUGUCCCAAACUACUGGUCAUACAACAUUGGUGUUCUCCUUAACACAGGCAAUGGGACGUUUCUUCCUCAAACUACUUACUCAACUGGUACUAAUCCAACCUCAGUCGCAGUAGCUGAUAUGAAUGGUGACAAUAAACCUGAUAUUGUUUAUUCAAACUACAAUUCGGACGGUGUGGGUGUUCUCCUCAACAAAGGCAAUGGCACGUUUCUCAAUCAAACGACUUAUCCAACUGGCAAAAUGGCCUCAUCCAUAACUAUAAAGGAACAAGAUAACGAAAAUAAAUUGCAAAUAUUAAAUUUAAUAAUAGAAAGUGCAACCGAUGAAAAUAAAAUUAUACAACAUUACAUUGAACGUGCAAAUGUUUUAUUCAAUAUGGAUCAAUGGAAAGAAGUUUUAGAUAAUAUUGAUUAUCUUGAGGAAAAAAACGUAUUAGACGACGAACUAUUUAUGAUUAAAUGGAAAUCUAUGGUGCAUUAUGAAAUUCAAAAAGUUCGUAAUUUAAUGAAAAAUGAACUCGGUGUGAAACUAUUAGAUAAUACAGAGUAUAUCAAUUUCUACACAAACAUAAAUAAAGAAAAUGUAAAUGAACUAUUAAAUAAAAAAGCAUUAAAGUAUGCAAAUGCAAAACGAAAAAAGAUAAUGUAA